AAGUGAUCGAGCUAAUAAAAUUCUUUGAUUUAUUUCUAAACAAAGUUAUGAUUUCAUCUUCCAAAUGUCUUCUUCUUUGGGCCAUUGGCGCCUUUUCAAUUUACUUCAUCUUUGUGAAGGAACCAGAGUUAUAAUAUAAAUAUGUACUUUUGAUUCAUUUUUUAACAAUUUUCCUUCAAUCCCAGUUCUUUCCCUUUGGAUUUGAGGAAGAAAAUAAGAAAAAUUCUUACCCAUCCUGCAUUAUUUUAUGUAUUUGUUUGUGUAAAGUGAAAGUGGAUUGGUUGUCCCUCUCCCUUUGAAGCAAUCCGAGUGUAGAAUCUAUGAAGGUGAUGAUGGGACUUUUCCACCAUUGUAGGGCUCAGUUGGGGAGAUCAAGGACCCCUUGAGCAUUGGGAUCUCCGUUUUUUGUGGCUAUGUGUUCAGCCUCAUUUAGUCAGUUCUUGUUAAUAAAUAUUGUCGCCUGGAUCGUUCGCCACUAAAGAAUGGAGUGUCCAUUUCCAGUCAACAAGCCUGUACUGUGUUUGCUCAGGGUUUUACAGUAGCGGACAGAUACCUUUCCUCAUAAUGGUGCUUUCCCAUGUUGAAUGUCUCGUGGGGAGCCUUUGAGAGAGUGCAAAGAACCUCCCACCCACUCUCCUUUUCCCUGCCUUUUUCCUUGCUGCAUUUGGGGUUCAAUGGAGAGCUGAAACUCUGAUUGUGGUGAUCUAGUUUUUUUGCGGUUGCUUCUCAAAUGGGAGUUCAUUUCUUGAUUUUGUGAUCUGGGUUGUGAAGAUUUGUUGAGAAUAUUCGAGUUUUUGAGGUUUUGCGUGGUGGGUUGGGGAUACUUUUGGUUAGUUCUUGUGCGUUUGAUACUAGUUCACCAUAAGAGGAAAUGGCUCCAAGAUUGGAUUUUUCGGAUUUGUGGGGAAAGGAUACAAGGAAGGGCACGCCGGUGGUAGUGACAAUGGAGAACCCCAACUACUCAGUUGUAGAAAUCGAUGGCCCAGACUCUGCAUUCCGGCCGGUCGAAAAGAGCAGGGGCAAGAAUGCCAAGCAGGUUACAUGGGUCUUGCUUCUAAAGGCUCAUCGUGCCGUGGGUUGUGUUGCUUGGCUUGCUACAGUUCUCUGGGCAUUGCUGGGAACCAUUAAGAAGAGGUUGAUUUUUAGGCAAGGAGUAGCUAUGGAGAGUGAGAAGACGGGGAAGGGAAAACUGCUGUUUAGAAUCAUCAAAGUCUUCUUAGUCACUUCCUUGGCAAUUCUUUCUUUUGAGGUGGUUGCUUAUUUGAAGGGGUGGCAUUAUUUCCGGAAUCCUAAUUUACACAUUCCUCGGACCUCAGAUUUCCAGGGCUUGCUCCACAUGGUUUAUGUUGCUUGGUUGACUCUUCGGGCUGAUUACAUUGCCCCCCUAAUUCAAGCUCUCUCUAAAUUCUGUGUUGCUCUCUUCCUAAUCCAGUCUGCGGAUCGAAUGGUGCUCUGCUUAGGUUGUUUAUGGAUCAAAUACAAGAAGAUUAAACCAAGGAUUGAUGGGGAUCCAUUCAAAUUGGAAGAUGUUGAGGGAUCUGGCUAUGAGUACCCCAUGGUUCUUGUUCAAAUCCCAAUGUGUAAUGAGAGGGAGGUGUAUGAGCAGUCCAUCUCUGCUGUCUGCCAAAUUGAUUGGCCAAAAGAUCGCUUGCUGAUCCAAGUUCUUGAUGACUCUGAUGAUGAGAGCAUUCAGUGUCUAAUUAAAGCAGAAGUCUAUAACUGGAGUCAGCAGGGUAUCAACAUAGUCUAUCGGCAUCGUUUGGUUAGAACCGGUUACAAAGCCGGGAAUCUGAAGUCUGCCAUGAGCUGUGACUAUGUGAAGAAUUAUGAGUUUGUUGCGAUUUUUGAUGCAGAUUUCCAGCCAAACCCAGAUUUCCUUAAGCAGACGGUUCCACACUUUCAGGGCAAUCCAGACUUGGGGUUGGUUCAAGCUAGAUGGGCUUUUGUUAACAAGGAUGAGAACUUGUUGACUCGGCUUCAAAACAUUAAUUUGUGUUUCCAUUUUGAAGUGGAACAGCAGGUUAAUGGGGUAUUCCUAAAUUUUUUUGGCUUUAAUGGAACUGCUGGUGUUUGGAGAAUCAAGGCUUUGGAGGAUUCUGGAGGUUGGCUUGAAAGGACUACUGUAGAGGAUAUGGACAUCGCUGUUCGAGCCCAUCUGAAUGGUUGGAAAUUCAUAUUCCUCAAUGAUGUUAAGGUCCUCUGUGAAGUUCCUGAAUCUUAUGAAGCUUACAGGAAGCAGCAACAUCGAUGGCAUUCUGGGCCUAUGCAACUUUUCCGAUUGUGUCUCCCAGCUGUCAUAACUUCUAAGAUAUCAAUAUGGAAGAAAGCCAACAUGCUACUACUGUUCUUCCUAUUGAGAAAACUUAUCCUUCCCUUCUAUUCUUUUACAUUGUUUUGCAUAAUUCUCCCUUUAACCAUGUUUGUUCCUGAAGCAGAACUUCCUGUGUGGGUCAUCUGUUAUGUGCCUGUUUUUAUGUCAUUCCUCAACAUUCUCCCUGCCCCAAAAUCCUUCCCUUUCAUUGUUCCCUACCUCCUCUUUGAAAACACCAUGUCAGUGACCAAAUUCAAUGCGAUGGUCUCUGGACUGUUCCAGUUGGGUAGCUCAUAUGAGUGGAUUGUCACUAAGAAGGCCGGCCGAGCAUCAGAAUCUGACUUAUUAGCUGCUGCAGAGAGGGACUCAAAGACAGUGAACCAACCCCUGAUUCACAGAGGAGCUUCUGAGAGUGAACUCUCUGAGCUGAACCGUUUGAAGGAGCAGAAAGAAUCAACUCCUCCAGCCGUUAAAAAAAUCAACAAGAUAUAUAGGAAAGAGCUCACACUGGCCUUCCUCCUACUCACUGCCUCUGUGAGGAGCCUAUUAGCAUCCCAGGGAGUCCAUUUCUACUUCCUGCUCUUUCAAGGGGUGACCUUUCUUCUUGUGGGUCUUGACUUAAUUGGAGAGCAGAUGAGUCAGUGAUGCAUUGAAUUGGAAGCAAAGGAAGAGGACACCAGACAUACCCACCUGUUUAAACUCUGCUGAAGUGAAUGAUUGCAGCAAAAGAUUGUGGUGGUGGUGCAGUUGAGGAAGUCACAAUCCUUUUAUCCUUGGCCAAUGGCAGCAAAGGGGUGCCUGAGUUUAGUUCAAUAAAUUUACAUUUUUUUUUCCCUUUAAAUAUCUUAUUUGAAGUGUCCAAUAGGAUUUUCUCUAUUUAUUGAUCAUUCUCCAUACCAGAUAGCAUUUUUUUUUUAAGCACAUAGGAUUUCUCAUUGUAAUCUACCUCAGGUCUUGAAUGCAGUUGGUUGUUAUAUAGUUAGAAUCA